AUGACUGUUUUUAUUAGGAUCUUUUCUUUUCUCCUUCUCAUCUGUAUAAUCACUGAGGCACUGAACAACAAAGGAAAUACGACAGAUGGAUUUGAUCAGUCUAAUGAAGUGAAGCUUCCACUGGUGGUAAAGUCAACUUUUCACAUGCAUCUACAGGGAAAUGUUUUUGAAGACACCUGUGCUAUUAUACCAUUUAAUCCAGACUCUCUUUACACUUGUGCCUACAACACAAGCAGCCCUCUGGUUGUUAUCAUUCAUGGCUGGUCGCUGAAUGGAAAAAUGGAAGAGUGGGUGUUCAGGAUGGCUUCUGCACUUAGGACAAGAAUGGAACAUGUAAAUGUGCUGAUUAGUGACUGGAGACCGCUGGCUCUCAAACCAUAUCCAACUGCAGCAAAGAAUGCUAGACAGGUGGGAUGGGAUGUUGCAAGAUUGCUGAAGUGGCUGGAGGAGACCACCCCCCUUACCAUGGAUAAGGUCCAUCUGAUUGGAUACAGUUUAGGAGCACAUGUGGCUGGAUUUGCAGGAAGCCAUUUUAAAGGAACCAGAAAGUUGGGCCGCAUAACAGGUCUGGAUCCCGCAGGUCCCCAAUUUGAGGGAGUUCCUGCUUUUGACAGACUGUCUCCCGAUGAUGCCAAGUUUGUGGACGCCAUCCACACCUACUCUACGUCUAGUAUUGGAUUGGCAGUGGGCAUCCGGCAGCCUGUGGGGCAUGCAGACUUCUACCCAAAUGGAGGCUCAUUUCAGCCUGGAUGCCACAUGUUGGACAUAUAUACCAACCUUUAUCAAUAUGGACUGGAAGGUGUACCAAAGACUAUUAAGUGUGCUCACCAGCGAGCUGUCCACCUCUUCACUGACUCCCUGCUGAACCAAGAUCAGCAAAUGACAGCUUACCGGUGUAGGGAUGACAGUGCAUUUGAUCAAGGCCUGUGUCUGGACUGCAAAAAGAAUCGCUGUAAUACUCUGGGAUACAGUGUUAAAAAAGUGUACACCGGUGUUAAUAGCAAAGGGCUCUAUCUAAAGACUGGUGCCCAAACUCCAUUUAAAGUCUAUCACUACCAGAUAAAGGUCAAGUUCAUGAAUCCGAUCGAGCACCCCAAAGCCUCUUUUUUGAUUGCUCUAAGUGGGACCAAAGGAGAGAGCAAUUAUACAGACAUGACUUUGUCCCUGGAGCAUGCUGAGAAUAGGACAUACUCCUCCUUGAUAGCAGUAGACUCAUUGCUGGGGAAGUUGCAGGCAGUAAAGCUACGCUGGGAGGGAGAGGAAAGCUGGGGCAGCUGGUGGAGACGGGUUACAACCAUCAUGGGCACUGGUGGCGACAGACAUGACAAAGAGAUCAACGUGGCCAAAAUCCGGCUUAAAUCUGGAGAGAACCAGGAGAAGACAUGGUUUUGUGGUCCAUCUGGGGAUAUUACACACCUCAAGCCAAAAGAAGACCAAGAGUUUCUUCGUUGUCAAGAUAUUUUUAAAAAGCUUAACAGUGCUAAAUCUUAAGACAACAAAAGGACAUUAAUGAGAAAAACCAUCACAAUACAUUAAAUAAACCAAUAAAAACAAAUGUCAAAAAGA